AUGGGCAAAGACCUCCUUUCCGCCAUCGCCAUCCCCGAGCUGACCGGUAAAGUCGUCAUCGUCAUUGGCGGGCACACAGGACUUGGUUUUGGCACAAGUAUCGAACUCGCAAGACAUGGCGCCCGGGUGUAUAUUGCCAGUCGAUCCCAAACACGGUUCGAGCAUGCCAGGCGGGACAUCAUCGCGGAAUGCUCGGAGCGUGAAGUAGACGUGAGGUUUCUCAAUCUCGACCUGUCCAGCAUGAGUAGCGUUCGUCAUGCAGCUGAGCAAUUCAUUCGGCAGGAGUCGAGGCUACAUUUGCUGGUGAACAAUGCCGGUGUUGUUCUCAGCUCACUUCAACUAGAUUAUGUGUGUUCCGUCAACUACAUUGGCCAUUUCCUAUUUACCAGUUUACUUCUCCCAACCCUGCAGCAGACAGCAGCCGAGGCAGCCGACAAGGGAAGCGUGCGCAUCGUAAAUGUGUCUAGUGACGGACAUGCCAAACUCGCCCCGAAGGAAGGUAUUAUCUUCUCCGAUAUGAAUAUGAAAGCCUUCUCAGUCUGGGCUCGAUAUGGCCAUUCAAAGCUUGCCAAUGUCCUACACAGCAGGGAGCUGGCCAAGAGGUAUCCGGACAUCCUAGCACUCUCAGUGCACCCCGGAACCGUUAAGACAGGCCUGGCUGCAGGCCCGAUUUCAUCUACCCCGCUCUAUAGAUUGAUAAAGCCGCUGGUCGAGCUGGGUGCGCCAGGUCCACGCAAAGGAGCAGCCAGCAUUCUCUUCGCGGCUGUAUCGCCGCAGUUGAAGCUCGAAUGCCAUAAUGGGGCGUACCUGCUUCCGAUCGGAAGACUGUCGGCUCCCAGUAAGGCGGGAUCAGAUGCGAAAAUGGCGGAGGAACUCUGGGAGUGGACCGUUAAUGCGCUAUCACAUGUGAAGGUCGAUGAAUAGUCGCAAACUAUUCGAGAGAUAUACUAGCAGUCAUGCGGAUAUGUUGCUCACCUUUCAUGCUCCUCCGAGCCUUUUGAUCAGUCCAAAAUACCUCCACCCCUGUCGUAUCAGAGUCAAGUCCUCGCCGUCGAUGGCCGUGAUUACAGUUGCCGCGUGGUUGAUGAAGUUGGCUCGCAGACCUGGUUGAGUGGACGCAGCAGCGCCUGUAAAUGCAACCCAGGUGAAUGCCUCGGGAGCAUUCUGAAUCCAGUAUAGUGGUUCGACCUGCAGAAUAUAGUUUAGGAGCACCUGAUUGAGCUGAUCCUGGUCCGUAGGGCCUGGGGCUUGCUCGUUGUGCAAUUGCCGUCGUCGCAGGGUUGUCCAGAAUAUGGAACAACAGAGGUGGCAGCAUGCAUUGAGUUUUUCAGAUGAAGUAAGAUAGUUAUGGCGCUCGGUCCAGGGAGUCGUUGGACUAGAUCUUGCCAGAAUAUGCGCCCACUCACAUUCUAUGCUGGAGGUACUGCUGCGGUCGGCGUGGAAGAACUGAUCG